AUGGCUGUAACAAGACUUCGAAGACGAGCAGCAAAUUUCACCAUCAUUAGUGGUGAGUUGUAUAAGCGCGCUUUCACCGGAUCAUAUCUGAAGUGUCUCCCACCUUCAGAAGCUGAUUAUGCACUCCUGAAAGUUCAUUCAGGAGUGUGGCAAGCAUCUGCAAAGGUCAUCACCGACAACGGAACUCAGUUUAUUGGAAAAAUCUUUACAUCUUUCUGUAAAGAUUUUCAUAUUCAACUCGUCCAUACGGCUGUCACCCAUCCUCAAACAAAUGGGCAAACGAAGGUUACAAAUCGAAUAAUUUUGAAGGGGAUGAAGACACGCCUAGGGAAGGCUGGGGGGCAAUGGGCUGAAAAAAUCCCAAAUGUCCUCUGGGCUUACCGCACCAAGGCUAGGACUCCUACAGGAGAGACUCUAUUUAACCUCUGUUUCAGUAAAGAAGCAGUCAUACCAGUGGAUAUCGGAGUCUCAAGCAAUAGAGUUCAAAAUUUUGACUUCAAUAACAACGAGGAGAAGUUCAAGACAAAUCUAGAUCUCCUCCCUGAAGCAAGGGAUGAAACCUCACUCAAGGUCGAUGCAUACCAUCAACGGAUCACUCGUCACUAUAAUCGGAGAGUUAAACCUCAAACCAUUUUCGUUGGGGUCUUAGUUCUUCGAAGCAUCGAAGCUGCUGGAAAAGGCCCUCAGCGUAAUAAGCUCUCCCCUCUAUAG